AUGCUGACAGAUCAUCGCAGACGUGACCAUCUCUCUCCACCCUCUCGCCAUCAUCCCAACACAACCCGCCUCCCCCACAUCCUCCGUCUUUCAUGUCCUCCUCCCCCUCCCCCUCCCCCUCCCCCUUCCUCCUCCCUCUUCCCUCUUCCCUCUUCCCUUCCUCUCUCCUUCCCUCCCUCUCUACUUCCCCACGAAUUGAGGCACAGCAAUGUCGUUAAACAAAUCCUCCUGGUGAAUGCACAUUGCACACCUUCCAUCCUCUAUCCUCCUCCUCCCAUCUCCUCACCACAACUCGUAUCGCAUCGCCUUGCCUCACCUCAUCUCACCUCACCUCGUCCCACCUGA